UUAUCAUCCAGAGUAUGGUGAUCGUCCGAAACCGUUAAUUAUGGUCCUAUUACAAACUAUGCUAACUGUCGCCACACAAUAUAAAACAGUUGCUAUAUCGAACGCAUUGAAUUCGGACUUUCUAAAUCUUUUAUUACGUGGUGUCGCUAUUGAUCCAGAUCCCGUCAUACGAAUAAUUGUACAAAAAAUACUACAUACUUUAAUUGAUCGACAUGGGAAUACAGAACAGUUGUUGACUGUUCGUAUUUACGGUGAGAAUGGAUUAAGCAGUUAUUUCAUUUUGGAGAAGCCAGAAAGACAAGAUAUUUUAUUCAUGAAAAAGACUGGUGUGUUAUUCAUUGAAAAUAUCUAUCAUCAGUUAUUAGAUCCUAGUAACAAAGUAGACAAUUUAGAAUAUCUGUCAUGCACUGUUGGGUUGGUUGCAUUAGAAAUGGGUGCAGAACAGGUUAUUACAGAAUUGUUUCGUUUAAUCUUGGCAGUUCAAACAAAAAUCAUUGAUGAAAAUACUUAUAUGCCGUUAACACAUCGCUGUGCUUUACAUGCAUUAUUAGCUAGUACAAUAACACUACUUGUUCAGUUGAUUAAUCUUCAAUCACUUAGUGAACAUAUUUAUACUGUUAUUCAACGUCGAAGAGACAUAGCACCGUGGUUACUGCCUUCUGUUGCAUUUAAUCGAACAAAUACUGUGGAUAGUUAUCCAACUGAAUUUGAAAUAAAUGAUGAUCUAUUGUUUUCAUCAGAUAAAAUAACUGAAUCACUAGUAAAUGCUGGUUAUGAUACUACAGUUUUGUCAAUUCCCUAUAAUCCGAUUUAUUUACGAUUAUAUGAUGGCAAAUCUCCUGAUCCACUUAUCGAUGGUACCAAUUAUCCACGUGUAAGCGGUAAUGAACAUUUUACUAAUCAAUCAGUGUGUUAUGGUACUGUUGAUGAUAAAAAUUCCAGUAUUGUGAACUCGGCUCCUGGUGCACGUAUGAAUUCAACAUGUUUAGAUGGAACAAUGCUAUGUCGUGAAAGCAGUCUUGUAGAAAGCGGUACAUGCUUUGCUCAAUCUGGAAGUAGUUUUUCGCUAACUGAUAGCCUUUAUUCAGUGGCAGAUUCAACUAAUAUGGUCGAUGAAUACUUAUCAUUCAAGAAUAUGCGCAAAAUAAUUAAUGUGUUUUUUAAAGGUGGUUAAUUUUGUAUUGUAAAUAAUCAUUAUUGGCAAAUUAAUGUCUGGUAAUACUCAGUUUAAUAUACACAAAAUUCACUGUUAAUCAAUGUAAGUCAUACGAAAUUGAUGUAUUCAGACAUUGGUUUUGAUUUAUUUUCGGUGUGAAAUAAAUCUUUAUCUAUUAUCUUCGCGUUAUUGUUUGUGUCAUGCGAUUCACGGGAUCAAGAUGUCAGCAUCAUUUAGCUACCGUCGCAACAAUUCGUGUAUUUUGUACGGUGGAAUAAAUUUUCUACAUCAGUUUUCGUGUUCUUAUUUGCAUCCUGUAAAUUUCGCUGGUUUCUAAAACCAAGUAAUAUCUCAAGCUUAAUAUUGUUUUUAAUUUAACCGGAAUAUUUAAAAUAUAAAAUGAAAUAAAGAAAUUCCUUAAUCGGCAUUAAUCCUAAUUGUUUUCCAAAUUUCUCUCUUUUUCCUUGAACAAGACAAUUUCACUUGCACUGUGUAAAUAUACUCUUUUUUUGCAUAGCGAGACAUAAAGCAUGUCGGGUAUUUUAUUGAAUAAUUAACAAAUGAUGUCAUUUCAUAAGGAUAUUAGCGUUUUCUUUCCCUAUCGUGAUUAACGCGAACAUUACUCGAUGGAACGUAAAACAGUGUAGUGGUAGUAGUAGUGUAGUGAGCAGAACACCCGGGGGGACAAUCGAAUGUAUUUAGCACAGAAUUACAGGACUUGUUAAUAAAAUCUAACAAUCAUAAAGUAAAUGCUUAAUUUGCAGAAUGUCCAUUGAUUGUCUCAAAAUGGCUCAGACUUGAUUGUUCUCGCAUUUUCAUACAAAUUGCACUCUGUUUCUAUUUUUUACUUCUCGAUCCUCUUGUCUCUCUGCUGCCAGGCCUUCUGUUCACGAGUAACGUUAUAUACUACUUAUGUCAAUAUAAGUAGCACACCACAUUAGUAGAAGUAGUUUUUGCAAGAUCGCUUCGUAAGUGAGAAUGACUAUGAAUGAAUAGUUGAUAGUUGUCAAGAGGUAGCCUUCCAGCUGUCAGGCAUGCAUAUAUGUAUAUACCUGUUUAUAGCCUAGAAUCAGUGUUAGUGAUGCAGUUGAUUAUAACUGAUUGACUGACUUUUCUGAAUAAUUUCAUCGUUUGCAUAAAUGUCGCUAUACAUAAAUGAUGUCAUGUGUAGUCUCGUAAUUUGGAUAUGACUUUAUGAGAUUUUCUUUAAUCGACUAAUUUUUUUUCUAUGUGGAAGGAAAUAUGAUUAUAGAGUAAUAGUUCAUAAUUCGUACAACUAUGACUGACUAAUAUCACCUGGUCAUACUGUAAUUAGCAAAUAAAUGUUGAAAUGUCUACUGUCAUUUAGUCAUUUGUGUAGUCUUCGCACACUUUAAUUCAUGUUUUUUCACAAAUUCGACUUAUUUAUUCAUUUAUAUACAUAGGUGACGGAGAAGAAAUUCAAAAACCACCGAAAUUUGUCGAAGAAGAUCGAUUAUUAGAUGGAUGUUUUAAUUCAACUGAAUUCAAUGAAAUCUGUGCUCAACAACGUGAAAAAGCACAUUCAGUACGUGCACAUAUGGCUGAAGUAUUUGAUGAUAUAUCAUCUUGUGACUUCUAUCUACAUGAUAUGUCUCCACCUAUUGCGAAUGGUCCAAAAAAAAUACAAGGGCGUGAAAAUUUCAAUCCUUCAUCUGUCAGUGAUACAGUCAAUAAUAAAUUCAAUUCUGAGCAAUUCAAUGCCAAUAUUGGUUUACCUAUUGGCGCUGGUAAUCGCACUGGCGACUGUAGUGGUGGUAUAAAAUUAUCAAAGAAAUUAAAUAAAUCAAGUCAAGCUGUUUGGGAACGUGAAUUUGGAUCAUUGUUUUUUGUUUAAUUCAUCAAUCAUUCCCUUUUCUUUUUACAGAGGUUCUCACUUUUUCGGUGUUGUUCCGUCUCCGUUAUGUCCUCAUUCUGUGUUCUUUCCUUUUCAUUUAUCAUAUUUUGUUUAGAACGAAUACGAAAUCAAUCUCUUUUGCGUGUUUGCCACUUUUAUGUAUUUCCUUGUUCUUUGUAAAAUUGGAAAUAAUCUCAACAAUAUUCACUGACUAUUUUUUUUGUUUAAAAAAGAAGUGUUUAUUACAUUGAAAUGGAAAAAGUGCAACAAAAUUUUCUUCUUGGAAUCUGUUUCAACUUUGAAGUUAUGAUGCAUCUAUACACACAUGGCUGACUUCAUGUGUUGGUGUUUUUCACCCUUUAUAGUAAACAGUAAAAUCAUCAACAUUAUUAUUAUUGUUCCUAAAACUAAUAGUGAAUUAUUUUUGUUUGUUAUUUUAAACAAAAACACAACUGUGAUCUAUUCUCUUAUUUGUGUGUAUGUAUGUCUAUGCGAGUGUGCUUAUACUCACGUGACUAUUUAGUUUAGUUACUUGUACAAAGGAGUUGAAUUUAAAUAAAAAUGAACAAUUAAAAUUACUCGUAGUAGUUUAUGAUUAUCCUACUUUUUCUCAUAGUUGGCUAACUUUCGGUUUUUCGACCAUUUAAAACUGAGUAAAGCAAUAAUGACAAAUUCAUUAUGUAUAUUUCCCAUUGAUAUCAUUAUAAGUGGCUUGUAAUUCGUUAUCCCAAAUAUACAUAUAUAGCGAGAGAGAGAGAGAGAGAGAGAUGCAUAUUAAAUCUAAAUCUAAUUAUGUACAGAUACAAACUGAGUCAUAUAUGAUGUGUGUAUUUGUUUAGAAGAGCAUAAUGAUUUUUCAUUAUUGUCAUCAUGACUAUUUAACUGUUUCACUCUUUCCAUUUCAAUAGAUUUUGUAACAUGUUAAUGAUAAUGAUGUGUGUAAUUGCUUAGACAAAUCAAUUAUUACAAUGUUGAUUGACAAUUAACAAUUUGUUUUAAAAUAUUCGUUCUAUUUAUUUAUUACUUUUAUAGAUAAUUUUUAUCUAUUUAUCUUUCAAAUAUUUAUUUCUUUAUAGUGAAAUAAAAUAAGUAGUAUACUGUAAACUAGUUGGAUUUUACUAUAUUAUAUAAUUUAGUGGUAACAAUGUAAAUUUUCCAACUCGAG